AUCCAGUAACCACUUUUCCAAUACUAAUUCAAAGAAACAGCGAAGCAAAAUGAAUAGCUUUAGAAAAGAAGCAAUUCUUCUUCUGCUACUCAUCCUCUCUGCACUGUGUUUAGAAGCUAGACUUCAGUCUUGCAAGCCAAGUGGCAGCAUAGUGGGUAAAAAGCCCCCUCCAGGGCAAUGCAACCAGGAGAACGACUCGGACUGCUGCAAACAGGGGAAGCUUUAUACCACUUACAAGUGUUCGCCCCCCGUUUCUGGAACCACGAAAGCAGUUCUCACCCUCAACAGCUUUCAGGAGGGUGGAGAUGGAGGCGGGCCAUCCGAAUGUGACAACAAGUACCAUUCCGACAACACGCCCGUUGUUGCGCUAUCUACUGGAUGGUAUAGUGGAGGUUCAAGGUGCCUUAACAACAUAACUAUAAGUGCUAAUGGCCGGAGUGUGACGGCCAUGGUGGUUGACGAGUGUGAUUCCACAAUGGGAUGUGAUGAGGAUCAUGAUUAUCAGCCGCCGUGUCCUAAUAACAUCGUCGAUGCCUCUAAAGCCGUUUGGAAAGCCCUGGGAGUACCUGAAGAUGACUGGGGAGAGAUGGAUAUCACUUGGUCUGAUGCUUAGUGCAACAGACUUAAUAUUUGGUUGCUUUGUAGUUGUUUUCAUGAUGUAAAUAUAUGGUGUAUGUAUGAAGUCAUGUUAAGAAUAUAUUGUCAGUUUCGGAUUAUCUAUAAAAUAUUUUGAUACUUCUCAUGUUGCAUGAAUUGUGAAAUGUAUGUUUUCAAUUUUUGUACCUGAUUUAUUCAUUUAGGACAUGGGAGAUACCACUCAAUCAAAUAGCCCUUGCUGCUGAUGCUGAUCAGUUGCUGAAUAUGGCUAUUAGAUCAUGUAUUGCAGAAGGCAAAGUUUCAACAACGUCCUAAAGCAAGCAUCACCAAUCAGAAUCUCAAGAACAUGACACUUAAAUGGAUUUUCAACUAUAGUCGAAUAUGUGCAUAGUCAUCUUCAGUUCUUGCUUAUAAGGGUGAGACAUGGAAAUCUUAAAGCUGGGAUGCUUUCUUUCCUUCUUACUUGUGUCGUUCGGCAAU